AGCAGAUGAAGAGGAGUUGUCUGGGAAACCAACCCGCCAUGUAGGAGCACUUUAUCUGAAACACUUACUGAGGAUAGACGGCUGUAUCUUUAUCUGUCUGACCCGCUUCUAUAUCCGUAUAUACACGGUACAAAUGACGAGCUAGCCGGCUGUGCGUGUUUAGAGAACGGCUAACAGCUAACAACUAAAAAAGUACAAAGUCGCGGUUUAAUCUGAUAUUAAGGUGAAGCUAGCUGAACUCCGACAUGACCCAACAAGCUGCUGCUCUGCAGACCUACAACAAUGAACUUGUCAAGUGUAUCGAGGACCUGUGCUCCAAGCGUGAGGAGUUGAACCAUCAGAUCAAGCAGGAGGAAGAGGAGAAGGAGCGGCUGCAGCACGACAUCCGCGUCCUGUCUGAGAAGCUGAGCAGAGUCAACGAGAGCCUGGCACAGAGGCUCGCCGCUCGCGCCACCUUCGACCGCACCAUCGCAGAGACCGAGGCUGCUUACACCAAGAUCUUGGAGAGUUCACAGUCUCUUCUCAGCGUCCUGAAGCAGGAGGCGGGAAACCUCAGUAAAGCCACAGAGCCUCGUAGGAAAGACCACUAAUGCAGAUGAAAGGUCAAUGAACUCUUUUGGACCCCAGCAGCACACUUGACUCUACACU